CUGGUAGUGCUGGUGUCGCCAGCUGGACUCUGGGAAACGGCAGCGGAGCGGGCCGAGGGAAAGAGCGGAGUAUACAGAGCGCGGAAAGAAAGGGAAAACACACUUCACGCGUGUUUGUGAAGAGAGACACUCCUUGCCACGAAGUCACGCUACGAUUCCACCGAGGAUCGGUUGUCGAUCGUCGUUUUCCGGGGACUCCUUGCUGCGCCGGAACGGCCCCCGGCCGGGUCGGGACGGUGAGGGACAGCAGCAGCGCGGAGCGCGAUGAUGAGGAGACAGGAGCCCAGUCAUCCGCCACCGGGCUCAGUCUGUCAUCAUGAACAAAGCGAACUGAUGAAAGCGAACGGAGAUCCGCGGAAAAGCGGUGGUGUAGGGCAUGAGCACUGAGAGCGGGCACACGGAGGGACUCGUGUCACUGUCAGCUGUGGGCACCGGCGGCAGCUAGACUCGAGACUCAGAACAGGACAGGGUAGGGAGCGGACCUCUUCGAGCACACCCCGUGUGUCCGACAAGGACUGUUAAUCUCUGCUCAGGAAACGGCUGGUGUGGUGAUCGGGUCCGAAUGAUUGCACAUUCAUUGUCCAGAGAGAGAGCCGCUGUUGACCUCUGUUCACUGUCUCAGACUCAGCGGGUCCUUAUUGAAGUUUUUUAUUAUUAUUAUUAUUAUUAUUAUUAUUACCUCUGUCUUGACAGCUGACUGUGUGACUCCUGGACUUCAGCCGGCCAGGCAGAGUAGUAGCUCUGCCAUUUAGGUUAAUAAUUGAUCGUAAUAAUUGUACUUGAGUUUUUGUUUUUCUCAUUGCUGGGUGAUUUUGCAGACAGAUUUAUUUCAGUGUAUUUUUUUAUUUUUUUUUUUGCAAGAAAUGUCACUAACUGUGAUGCUGUUGUGGCUAAGUGGUGAACUUUCUCAUAGAAGGGGGCAGGUUUGGGCUCUGGCUGUGUCCACCCUUUCAGCGUGACAGAUGACCACUGGCUAUAUGCUCCCCGAGUCACUGAGGACUCUGCAGUUGGCAGAGGUGUAAAAAGCAGGGUUGCGGGGCAUUGUUCAAGAACCCCCCCCCCGUGGGGAUCCAGGCAGUGGGCGUCCGCAAUACUGGAGAAGGCCUGCUUCAAAAGUCUGUCACACUUGCGCGAUCGCCUUGACAGACGGAGUGGGGCAUGUCUGUGUGACUCUGGCGAUCAGUGCUCUGUGACCGAGAGCCAGGCUGACAGCUAUGCGGACCGUGUGGCGAUCCCACCUGGCCAUGAGGCCCUCUCUGCUGCUCCCUCUGCUGCUGGGGACAGUGCUCAGGGGGAGCCUGGCAAUGCCACGUGAGGAGAGACAGAGACUCAGGAAUCAGGUGGUGGAGAUGUUUGACCACGCUUAUCAGAACUACAUGGACCAUGCAUAUCCAGCGGAUGAACUAAUGCCCCUCACUUGCCGGGGAAGGGUGAGGGGGCUGGAGCCCAGUAGAGGGGACAUAGACGACGCACUGGGGAAAUUCUCUCUUACGCUCAUCGAUACCCUUGACACCCUGGCGCUCUUGAACAAAACUGCCGAAUUUGAGGCUGCUGUAAGGAGGGUGCUGUCAGAUGUGCGACUGGACAAUGACAUUGUCGUAUCCGUCUUCGAGACCAACAUUCGUGUGCUGGGUGGGCUGCUGGGAGGUCAUUCCAUGGCCCUGCUGCUUAAGGAAGGGGGGCAGCACAUGCUGUGGUACAAGGAUGAGCUGCUGCACAUGGCCAAGGACCUGGGGCUCCGGCUGUUGCCUGCCUUCAACACCAGCAGUGGCCUGCCCUACCCUAGGGUGAACCUUCGCUACGGUGUGAGGGGUCCAGAGACCCGAACGGGCACUGAAACGGACACUUGUACAGCCUGUGCGGGCACCAUCAUCCUGGAAUUUGCAGCCCUGAGCCGCUUCACUGGGAAUCCUGUUUUUGAGAACCAUGCAAGACGAGCCCUGGACUUCAUCUGGGAAAAGAGACAGAGGAACAGCAAUCUGGUCGGGACCACCAUCAACAUCCAUUCCGGAGAGUGGGUGCGCAGAGACAGUGGUGUCGGGGCCGGCAUCGACUCAUACUACGAGUACCUGCUGAAAGCCUACGUCCUCCUUGGGGACGACCUCUUCUUACAACGUUUCAACACUCACUAUGCCUCCAUCAUGAAAUACAUCAGCCAGCCACCCCUGCUGCUGGACGUUCAUAUCCACAAGCCUCUGCUCCCAGCACGUACCUGGAUGGAUUCGCUUCUGGCCUUCUUCCCAGGCUUGCAGGUGUUGAAGGGAGAUAUUCGACCUGCGAUUGAGACCCAUGAGAUGCUGUACCAAGUCACCAAGAAACAUAAUUUCCUGCCUGAGGCAUUCACCACGGACUUCAGAGUGCACUGGGCACAGCACCCGCUGCGUCCCGAGUUUGCUGAAAGCACCUAUUUCCUAUACAAGGCCACGCGGGACCCUUAUUACUUGGAGGUGGGGCGCACUGUGCUGGAGAACCUAAACCGCUUCGCCCGUGUGCCGUGUGGCUUUGCAGCCAUGAAGGACGUACGCACGGGCAGUCAUGAGGACCGUAUGGACUCCUUUUUCCUGGCGGAGAUGUUCAAGUACCUGUUCCUCCUGUUUGCUGACCCAGAAGAUCUGCCAUUUGAUGUAGAGGGCUAUAUCUUCACCACUGAGGCUCACCUCCUUCCCUUGUCCCUCUCCACCGCCUUUCGCUCACAGACAUUUUCUGCUGCCAAUACCACGUCAGGGGAGGAGCUGGACGACUCCAACUUUGACUGGUCCUGUCCCAACACCCGCCUGCUGUUCCCCGACCCAGCUUUCCCCCGCAGCCUGCGGGAACCGAUCCGGACUGCCGUAGACAGGAGCUGCCCACGCCCUGUGUCCCACAGUGAGCCGGGCCUGGGCCGCCCUCCUCUGCGAGCGCGAGACUUCAUGGCCAACAACCCUGAGCACCUGGAGCUACUGCGCCGCAUGGGGGUCAGUCUUAUCCACCUGAAGGACGGGAGGGUGCAGCUGGUGCAGCAUGCCACACAGGCGGUGAGUGCUGUGGCUGCAGAGGACGGUCUCCGUUUCAUGCAAGAAAUGAUGGAGCUGUCGAGCCAGCAGCAAAAGGAGCAACUACCACCGCGUGCUGUCCAGAUAGUCUCUCAGCCUUUCCUUGGCAGAGUGGUUCUGACUGCAGGCCCAGCGCAGUUCGGCAUGGACCUGUCUAAAAGCAGCACGGGAGUUCGAGGGUUUGUGGUGGUGGCAGAGCCAUACAGUGGAUGUACGGAGCUUGCCAACGCUGCCCUGCUGCAGGGCCGCAUUGCGUUGCUGCAGCGUGGGCAAUGCAUGUUUGCGGAGAAAGCCAGGCACAUCCAGAAGGCUGGCGCCCUUGGGGGCAUUGUCAUCGAUGACAAUGAGGGCAGCAGCAGUGACACGGCACCGCUCUUCCAGAUGGCAGGGGACGGGCGCAACACAGAUGAUGUCACUCUGCCACUCCUCUUCCUGUUCCACAAAGAGGGCAACAUCCUGCUGGAGGCACUGCGGGAGUACAAGGAAGUGGAGGUCCUGCUGAGUGACAAAGCAAGGGACCGAGAGGCCAUAUUUAAGGGCAAAGCCCUGCACAGCUCCCUUCUGAAGAGCAGAGGCGACAUGCUGGACGAGGAGGAGGAGGACUGUUCCCCCGAGGAGGAACGCGGCAGCUCUGCACCCUCUGCACAGCCGGGGCUGAUGGGCACUGAAGAGCACCACCCCGUGGGCCAAGAUGAGCCGGGCCAGCAAGACGUCGGUUCCAGGGAUGAGCCAGCUGCGGACGGAGAUUCCAGCCAGUCGAUGGACGCACUCCUGGCGGACUGGAAGGAGGACUUGGAGGCUUUCCAGCAGAUGGAGAAGGACGAGCUUUGACAGCCACUCCACUCCCCCCAGCGCCAAACUCUUGACUCAUGCCAAAGGCUCCAAGGGCCAGUUGUAGCACCACUCGCAGGGGGAGAAAGUGUCUGGAUGAGCAGUGACCCUAGCUGAACCCACAGUGUUUCCCCCUGCCUUUGUACCUCCAGCGCACUCCAUCGGAAAAGCAGUUCCUCCCCUUUCUAUUUCCAUCUCACAGCUGACAACCUCAGCUGAUCUCACUUCUAUUACUGUUUUUCUUUUUGGUCACGUAUUCUCUUUUCAUCUUCCUUUGUGCAAAAGUGUGUCUGAGAAGCACGGAUAUGAGUUGUGCAUGACUGACUGAUUGGAAUGAAGUUUUUUUUUUUUUUUCGUUCUUCUAAUCUGAAAACGGUAUUUUUACCUGUGCGAUUGGCCUGUCGAGAUCAGUACCUCGUGGCCCUUUUCAAAGACCUGAAGAGACAAGAAUUCAAUGUAAUAAAUUAUAAAUAUGCGUGUACAUAUGUAUGUAUGUAAAAUGUGUAUGUUUCGGAGAGAACUGGAGGCUCAGUCUGGAUGUGUGUGAGAUGGGGUUGGCGCUCAGCGCUUCUGUCUUCAUGGACCCACUGCUGUCCCCGGACGCUGUCAUGUUGGCGGGGAGGUGGACAGUGUCGUAAAAUGGCCACAAGGCGGCGCAGUCGCCUCACUUAUUGCCUCACAUCUCCCGACUGACGAGCGAGAAAACGGCAAAGAUUGAAAUGACAUUUAAUAAAAAUUAAUAUUUAAAAUGUAUGCGCCUCGGUUUGCUGGGAUCGUAGUUCUUUAAUUUUGAAGGAUUAAGGGGUAAGGUUUGUGCAAGGAAUAAAAUACGUGUUGAAAUGAAAA